UAAUCACGUGAUUCCAGUAACGUUAUAAGGUUUCUUAUCAAGGCUUGUUCCUCUGAAGGUCUGUCAUCUGUGGAAUAAUCAGAGCGAUAUACUGUCUGACCAAAGGUUGUGUAUUGGAGAUUACGACCAAACUGAUUUGAGAGUGUGCUGUCAGCAGAAAGAAGCGCUGGUCAUGUGCUGAGCUGACAUCUUCUGAUCCACUUCUACAUUUCUGAGGCAGAAUCAUGAAGAGAAGACUUCUGCUGGUAUCUAACUCCACUCUUCAUGGAGGAGGAUAUCUUCAACACUGUCAGCAGCAGAUCCAAGACUUUUAUGGAAAGAAUGUAAAGAGGAUCCUGUUUAUCCCAUAUGCACUGCAUGACCGAGAUGCCUAUAGCAAGACUGCCAGAGACAAGUUCAAGACAUUGGGCUAUGAGGUGGACAGUGUCCACGAGACAUCAGACCCUGUGGAUGCUGUUAGGAAAGCUGAAGGAAUAUUCAUUGGUGGCGGUAAUACAUUCCGCCUGCUGAAAUCUCUCUAUGACAACAAGCUGGUAACUGAGAUUAGAAAUAGAGUUUUAGAGGAUGGGAUACCUUACAUGGGAUCAAGUGCAGGUACCAAUGUCUCCACCAUCAGCAUCAACACCACCAAUGACAUGCCCAUCGUCUAUCCACCCACAUUUGCUGCCAUUGGUUUAGUGCCCUUCAACAUUAACCCUCACUAUGUGGAUGCUGAUCCCAACAGCAAGCAUAUGGGGGUACGUUCAAAUGAUCAUG